UAAAUACUUCUUUGAUUCCUUUCGUUCUCUUCCAUUCGAACUUCUCCCAAAUCCCUUUUGUCUUAUUUUCUUUUCUGUCAUGGCUAACAAAGAUAUCUCCAACAUUGAGACCGUGAAGUCCAAACUUUCCAUUAAGAGUUUGGUUGCCCUCCUGAAGAAAUUCCACAUCGAUCUCCAAUUUCGUCCUCGCCUUCCAGAUCCCGGAUAACAGUUGUUGACACACCGGUUGGUUUUGUUGGAGUGUACAGGGUUCAUUUCAAGUCAGGGAUUCGUUUCCCUGCUUCUGAUUUCCUGGAAGCGGUUCUCGACUAUUACCAACUGCACAUCACUCAAAUUUCUCCAAACGGGUUUCACAAGGUGAUAUGUUUCAUGCUCUUAUGCUCUGCCCUAAUUAUUCCUCAUUCUAUAACUUUGUUCCGUCAUUUAUAUAUUACUCUGUUUAAUGGUGAUUGGGUCUCCUUUUCUCUUUGUCGUGGCUUGGUAGAACUCUCUGAUGGGCUUCCUACUUCUGUCAAAUGGUGGAAAGAGGAAUUCUUUUUUGUUGAUGUUUCUGCUUUCUUAGGCCCCAUGGUAUAUGGUGCUACUACUAACAGGGGUUCUGAUGCUCUGCCCGACCUAUCCGCUGAGGAGCAAUAAAUCGUUGACCGUUUGGCUCAAAACUAUGUUAAGUGGGCGGAUCCAGAUGAGGUAACCCUAGGCAUGGUUGGCUUAAGUCCUAUUUGGAACAAAUUGGGUAAGAAACCGGUUGAAACUGUGAUCAAUCGAGAAGUAAAUAUGCUAGACCGUUUGCAUAAGAAAUGGUUAGCAAACUCAUCUUUAGUCACCGAGGAAGUUGUUAUACCAAACUCCCCUUCUCCUUCAGAAUCUAACAUGCAUUCCACCAUGAAUCCCCCAUAUUCAGAAACUUUGAUACCACCCAUCUCCUCUCUUAUCAAGAAAAAUGUGAAAAUGGAGUCAGGCAGUAGGAAACCUCCGUCUUCCUCUACGAGGGCUGUUGUGAAAGGUUUAUCCUUAAAAAGGAAAACCAGUUCAGAAAAGGUGGUUUCCUUGGAGGGCGUAAUGAACCAUCCUAACUUGUCAAUCACCACCUCCCCUCUUAAACAAAACAGGUCUGCUCGAACUCAUGAGCCGAAGUUGCAGGAGUCUAUAGGAUCUGGCACCCAUGUCCCCUACAUUUGUUGAGUCCGAAGCUCUGGUUGUUACCGAGGUAUCCCAGCCUCUGUCACGAGGUUCAGUCACCUCUAUUUUGUCUGUUGCUGCUAUUUUUCGCCAGAAGUUGUUUGGGGUUGGGCUUGGUCAUUUUUAAGCCACUAACGCAGAAGCCAUUGUUGUAAAUGUGAAUCCCUUAAGCUUGGAGUCUGAUAUUCUUGGGUUUCAUCGAUGUUUAUAGAUACUUCCUUUGUUGAGCCUCCUUCCGAUCUGAAUCCCCCUACGUCUGGCAUAAAACUGAUCCCAUGUUCUGGUAAGGAGGCUUCGAUUCCUACAUUGGUCAAGCUUGCAGUUUCACUUCCUCAGUUUCAACGUCUUUUUACUACCACUUCCAUUCAUAGAAGCAUUGAAUUGACGAGUACUUCGAUGAAGAAACCCUUGACAAAGCUCGUUCCCAUCUAAUUGAAGGUAUGCAUCUCAUCAAUGAGGUAUCUACUCGUACCAAGGCUCGAACUGAGCUUCUUGCCCAAAAUCAUGUUAAGUUUGAGGAGUGCCUAUAGAAACUAAAAGAGCUUGGGAAGAUUCAUGAAUGAACUGAACAUGAAUCACAAGAACUCCGAGAAAAGGUGAAGGGGCUUUCUGAAAGGAAUACCCUUAUUGUAGGCGGCCUGAGUAAAAGUAUUCAUUUCCAAAAUGAGAUGAAGAACUUAAAUGAAGAUCUUCGUAUUAAAGCAGACGAUGCCAUUAGUUGUCGCUUGACCCUCACCAAAGAGUUGGAGGAAAAGACCCAUCAGUUCGAGUCCCUAAAGCUUCGAUUUACUGAGAAGGUCUUUGAGCUUGAGAUCUCCUGUUCUGACAAGGAUAUAUGCAGUAAGAUGCUAGAGGAAGAACUUGUUGUCCAGAAGGGACUUCUUGCUGACAGGGAUGCUCAAACUCUUCGGUUGAAUCAAGACCAAACCUCCUUUCUUCAAAAUGAAUCUUGUUUUACCUUAGCAGCCGAAGUCAGAGCCUCUGAGCUUGAGCUUUGGUGGUUGGUACAGGAAGGCAUUCCCUCUUUCGUCCAUGAUUUACUUAACUAUGCGGAUUUCAGGGAUGUCAAUGUUGCAGUGCAAACAAUAGCUAUUCAGUUCGACCUUCAUCAGGCAUGUGUGGAGAUGAAUGAAACAUAUGUCGAUGCUUUAGAGGGUAAGAAUGUCCUUUAUUCUUAUCCUAAAACCCAACAUCAAGUGUUGGAUCGGUUUGCAAGCAUGGUGUCCUACAAGUACUCCUUGUUCAAGCUUUUAGAAGGAUAUGUCGUAGAUGUGAGUGUUUUUAAAUUGAAAUCGGGUGCUUUGGAUCCCUCUUUGAAUCGUGAUGGUGCUUCUGGCAAUGUUUAACAUGUCGAUAUUCAUGCAUCUUUUCCUUUUAUUUGUGUAAUGUCAUGUGGAUACUUGUAUCCUCGUGUUGUCUAAGCUAUGAUGACUUAAAGAUUUUACUUAAAGUACAUGUCUUUUCUUUUUUUGGA